GUGCUGGGUGCUGAAAUGGCAACCCAAGGAUCCCAAUCCGGAUACAUCCUGGACUGGUGCUCCUGGCCACAUACAUACACCUGCCGACCUGCGUCAGGCAGAGCUCCGAAAAGUCCGUCCGGUUCGCAUCAGCAGCAGCGAGAGGCAGCCAACCCCGCUGCUUCCGUCUCCGUUUCUGCUUCUGCUCCACUCCACUGGGCGCUGGGCGGCCGGUCGUCCAUGGCCGCGACGAUGAUGGGCAUUUCCGCUUUGCGCUCCCACCACCCGCUCCCCCUGCCGACCGCGCGCCCGGCCGCGGCUCUCCCCCGCGCCACGUCGCCGACGUCGCACCAACCCAGUCUGCUCACGCUUCUACGAUGCCGAUGCCGAUGCCGAUGCCGACGCGGCCUCCCCCAUUCUCCCUGCAGCUCCUCCCCUCGCGCCUCGCUCUCCUCGGGCGCCCCCGACUCGGCUGCUUUCAUGGCAUUGGCUCCCAACAAUGCCGCCCUUCGCCACCGCCUCAUCGCCCCCAACUCCACCGGCGGCUCCGGAGACGCCGCCGCCGCCGCCGCCGGAGGCCUGCCCAGCGUGAGUGCUCCUCCUCCUCAUCUUCCUGUUGAUAGAGAAUCGAACAAUCGUCCACGACAGAUGCAGGUUGUUGGCAUCGCGCACCUGGCGGUGUCGCUGGGCAUCGUGCUGGCCACGGACAAGUACCUGAAGCAGGCGUUCGUGGCGGCGUCCAUCAAGUUCCCCAGCGCCCUCUUCGGCAUGUUCUGCAUCUUCUCCGUGCUCGUCGUCCUCGACACCGUCGCGCCGGCGCUGGCCAAGGGCUUCAUGGACUUCUUCGAGCCCGCCACGCUCUUCAUCCAGCGGUGGCUGCCGCUCUUCUACGUCCCCUCCCUCGUCGUCCUGCCCCUCGCCGUCAGGGACGUCCCCGCCGCCUCCGGCCUCAAGAUCUGCCUAAUCACAUUCGGUGGCUGGUUCGCGUCGCUGGCGGUGGCGGGGUACACGGCGCUGACCGUGAGGAAGAUCGUCAAGACGGAGCUCAUCGCGGCCGAGCCGAUGGGCAAGCCGUCCGCCUUCGUGACGCUGGAGUUCUGGGCGUGGGGCGCCGUCUUCGUCGCCUCCUUCGCCACGGCGUUCGUGAACCCCACGGCGCUUGGCACCACGGCCAGGACGUGCCUCCCGUUCAUGCUCGCUUCCACUGUACUGGGAUACAUGGUUGGUUCUGGGUUACCAUCUGGCAUCAAGACAUUGUUACACCCGAUCAUCUGCUGCGCGCUUUCCGCGAAUUUGUCGGCGGUGGCAUAUGGGUACCUGUCCGGGUCCGGAAUGGAUGCUGCGCUAGGCGAUUACCUGACAAAGGUGCCAUCGAAUCCUGGAGCUGGUGACGUCCUGAUGGGGUUUCUUGGCUCUGUCAUCUUAUCAUUUGCCUUCUCAAUGUUCAAGCAGAGAAAGCUUGUGAAGAGGCACGCGGCAGAGAUAUUCACGUCGAUCGCCAUUGCGUCGACAUUCUCCCUGUACUCGACGGCCAUCCUGGGACGCCUGGUUGGGCUGGAGCCAACGUUGACCAUCUCGAUCUUGCCAAGGUGCAUAACCGUGGCGUUGGCUCUGAGCAUAGUGUCUUUCUUCGAAGGCGCAAACACUUCGGUGACGGCUGCCGUGGUUGUUCUGACGGGCCUGAUCGGCGCCAACUUCGUGCAGGCGGCCAUGGACAAGCUUGGCCUCAACGACCCCAUCGCCAGAGGGAUCGGAACAGCUUCCAGUGCUCAUGGGUUGGGAACCGCGGCGCUGUCGGCCAAGGAGCCUGAGGCGCUCCCCUUCUGCGCCAUCGCCUACGCGCUCACCGGCAUUUUCGGCUCCCUGAUCUGCUCCUCUCCGGCCGUCAGGCAAAGCCUCGUGUUCAUAGCCGGCUGACACACAUAUACACUAGUACACAGGCAUACAGCAACAGCAGCAGCUUGUGAUGAGUUUUUAUUUUCCUUUUUAUAAAAGAAUGGUAAGUGCUUUGGAGAAAAAAAAUGCAAAAUUUCCCAACAAAAAUAUGUGCAUAACUUUGGCUCAUGUAAAGAUGGAUGGUUGAAACAAGUCAAGGCGUGAGUACUGAGUAGUAUUCCCUUGCUUGCUUAGCUGCAAAUGUUCAUUGAUUGCUUU